AUGGAUUAUAAUCUCGAUGAAAAGUUUCUUCAGGACUUGACCAGCACGUUCGAUGCUGCUGUUGCGAGUAAAGCCGUAGUGUACAAUGGCUCUGGCACAAGCAAAGUCGUCCAGAGAGAGAUGAACGGUACCACAGUCAACUUUCAGAUUACUGAGCUAACAAACUUGACUCACCGGCCAGACAAUAUGUCUGGCAAACCAUCCAACAAUCCGUUCGAGAACCCAGAGCCUGAAUUGACUGUACGGCCCACAUAUGGCGAGCAAGGUGAAUUCAGAGUAGUCUUGAACAAGUUUCCUGUCAUUCCACACCAUUUUUUGCUCAUUACCAAGAAGUAUGAAUCUCAAAACAGUCCUUUGUCUCCAAUUCAGCUCUUUGACACGAUCCGUAUACUCAUACACUUGAAGAAAUCCUCUACUAAAAACUGGUUUGCUUUCUACAACUGUGGCCCAGAAAGUGGAGCGUCUCAGCCGCAUAAGCAUAUUCAAUUUUUAACGUUGCCAGAGAAUUUCAUUUCAUAUCCUGAAAAGAUGAUAUCUACUGCUGCCCCGUUCGUGCCAGACUCCCAGAAUGAACCACUUCAGGAUGCUAACUUGCCUUUUGCUCAUUUCGUGGCUAAAUUUCCAUCUAUUGAAAAACUUGACAAAGAAACUGUUUCAAUGUAUUUUGCGUCCUUGUUGCAAGCAGUCUUAAACGUUCAGAACCGGAAUGACUCGAAUCAUAUAUCUUACAACGUUGUACUCACGACCGAGUACAUAAUGCUUGUUCCGCGUUCUCAUGCGAAGUAUGAAAGCUUGGGAGUAAACUCGUGUGGAGCUUUGGGAUUGUUUUUAUGCAAGAACUCGCAAUUAGUGGACAUGAUUGAAAAGGUCACCCCUGAGAAGAUAUUGCUCGAAUGUGGGUACCCCAACAGCGCAGACUUAAAAUUCACAGAGUACGACUACUAA